UAUAUCGGCCCGCUUCCCGGCCACUCACCGAACAAGCCCCCGGUUUCCUCUCAAGGAUUCCAAAGAUACAUAUAUAUACCUCCUUCGACAGUCUUCUCUGAACAUUUUUCGUUAAUCAAUUCGAUUUUAGGUGUCAUUUCUCGAUUUCAUCAGCCUUGCAGACAUGGAUAAAGUCUUCCUCGACCACCUCCGGGAGGGCAUGCGAAUUGACGGCCAGGACGACCAGGGCGAGAGCAUUCUAGACUUCCAAGAACUUCUGUUCUCAAAGCUGCUGAGGUUAAGAAUAGCAUUCUCCAUUUUACGAUUGCAGUCCUCUAGUCGAGCUGACCACCAUCAGGUGUUGAGGAAAAUCGCAAAACUUGAUGUAGGCUGCGAGAACCUGAGCCAUGACUUUGACGCCAAGGCUGUCCAGUUGGUCAACUCCAAGGAGAACGCGGACCAAGACAUCGUAACUAUGACCAACCAACUCAUAGACGAGGAUAACAACAACGUCGUCCUCGGCUAUACCAAGAACAUCCACUUGAUGAAAGGGGCCUGGGCGUACGUCCUUCGACUUGAUGAGUGUAUGAGGGUGCACCUUAGAAAUGCAGCCAACUACCACCAGUUCUUCUACGAGAUCGAGGAGUAUGUUAGGUCGAUGGACCACUGCCUGCCCAAACUCAUUUCCAUCGUGGAGAGUGAGAGACCCGACGCCAAACUUGAGGACGGCCAAAAACUGCUACAGAGGACAAAGAAUGUAGUUUUCGCGAUUUACUUCUUCCAAGGUAAGGUGAUGGAGGUGUAUGAACGUAGCCGGACGAUCCUCCCAGUCUACAAGAGGACGGAUAGUAGUGCUGAUGGCAUACCCGUCAUGGCGCUCUGCGCUUACAAAAAUAAACAGAUUGAGUUCAAACAAGGUGACGACCUGUCCCUGCUAAAGAAUAAGGACAUCCAGCUGUGGACAGUGAAGAACGCAACAGGCCAGACAGGGGAUGUUCCCUCCCCCAUUGUGCUCAUCCCUGGGCCAGAUAUCAAGGCGCUGAACGAAGCGUUCGAGCUCCAGGUUAAACUACUCGGGCACUGGGUGAGCGCCGUCAAGAUCCUAGGAAAGUACAUCUUACUAUAUUUAGUAAAGAUGUUCAGCUACUGGAAAGAACAAAAGAAUGAUGUUUUGAAGUGCCUUCCCUCAUCACAAAAGGAAGAGAUCAAGAGGCUGGUUGGAAAUGCCAAGGAAACCUUUCUUAGCAUCUGGGCAAAAUGCCCCGGAUAUACACGGAUGCAGGACGAUGGUGUCUACGUCACGAAACUUUUCCUGGAAGUCGGGGACGGAAGAAUUGCAGCGGACGACGCGCAGGUGACUGAAAUAGCCGAGAUAACCAGGACUAUGAAUGACCUGGUGACCACGUAUAGAGAACUGCUGGACAAAUGGCGCCGGUUUGCUAUGAUGGUACAGAUGGGCAAGAUGCCGGAGCAGCUUCUGAUGGUCAAAGGAUGGGAAGACUACCAAUUAGUUAAUUUCGAUGAUCUCAUGGAGAAAUGGCAGAAGUACAUGUUGGACGGUGACUCCUCUUGGUGGGAUGAGUUCAGUGAGUGGAUGAAGGAGUGGGAGGAGUAUCUGCGGCUCGGCGGAGGCGACGCGGAGGAGGAACUGGUUAUGCAGACCGUCAGCACCGUGGAGGCAGUCGCGCCGGGGGUCACUGUCGGAGUUAGCGAGGAGACAGAGACUGCAGAGUCUGAAGCAGUAACACGCUCAGAAUCCGAGACUCAGACAAAGAUGGUUAUUAUUGGUGCGGUUGAUCCAUCGUCCGGCGACCACUUAAACUUCGAGAUAGCCGUCGGGAAAGGGAUCAUCAACAUGGAAAAAGGCGAAUACUGCAACACCAAGACCGGCGAGACGAAGCCUCUAGGUCAAGCAAUGGCUGAGGGACAGGUCUUGGUGGAGAUCCAGAAUGUCCAAAAGAGCGUGGAGAAGACGACAUCAUACGGGAUCAUAACAAUCAAGACAUCCAAGGAGACGCGACCGUACAAGAUACUAAACGUUGUCAAUACGGAUACAGACGCUAAGAUGUCCGUCCCGGAUGCGGAGAAAGCUGGCAUCUUGAAUAUCAGCAAGCAGACCUUCCGGGACAAAGAAGAAAAUGAGACCAUGUCGAUUGCUGAUGCCAUUGAGGUCGGUUUGAUUGAGGUAGAAUAUGAACAGAUGGACGAUGUCCCGGAGCCCGAGAUGAAGAUUCAGACGUAUGCAGUCCACGGCGUCAUUGACCGCAAGCGCAACCGGAAGAUCUCGUACAACGAGGCGGUCUCCCACGGGAUCGUCGACCCUGACGAGAGCCUUUACUUUGACAGCAUCACCAAGGAGAAACUCUUCCUCGGGGACGCAAUCACCAAGGGAUUCAUCAAAGCUAGAAAGGUGGACAACGACGCUGACCACAAAAACCUGCACUUUUAGGAAGACGCGACUCUUCCGAUUGCGGAAGGUACAAACUGCUGCUGUUUUGAUUCAGAAGAAAGGAAUAACGCUCUCCACGUGUCAUUAUGAUCGUGUACUAUUACAUUACGAUUGAUAAAGUGUUUCAAAAGCCACGCGCUUGCCAGUACAUGGAUAGUUUUUUUCCAUCCGGGAAUCGGAACCAUGGUGUUUUUUUCGGACAGUAUAUCUUGCCGCAAAUGUACCUGGAAUCAAUUUAGGCGAACUUGUUAGUUGCAAAACGGAAGAAGUCGUACUUUGGCAAGCAGAAAAGAUGUAGAACUGCAACGUUUUGGGUUGUUUGGUGUGAUACUAUUUAUUCAAGCGAUUCAAAUUGAAACUAUGGCUCGUUGUCGAACGUUAUAUUACUUCAGUAUUUCAGUUAAAUCUAACUGUAACCGAUUCUGUAUUGUUUUCACAUUAGGAUUAGAUUUUUAAAAGUACAGCACUUUGAUGUGGAAUGUAGAUUAUUAGUAGCCUGACACAGACACUGAUGACUGUACAUGAGAAGAUUGAUAAAUUUUAAAACAUGUAAACCGAAAAUACGCCGUUAAUGUUCCCCCAUUGGGAUGGUGUAGUGUAGAGCAUUUGAAACUCACACCACCACUCAAUUCUGAAUUGUUGGUCAUAAUAUACUUUUUAAUUUAUAGUCCACGGCUGGAGUCGGGAACAACUUACUAUAUUAACAUUCCACUUUAUUUGAUACAGUUAUCGCCAGUAAAUAAAACACCGUUUUCAUUAUUUGA